AGUUGCACAGGGAAGUCUCUGCAGUCCUUUCUUCUAGAUGAAGGAGGAGGGAACAGAUGUAGAGAGAGACAUGUCUUUUAUUUUUGCCUAUUUCCUCGUUUUCCUGGCUGGCUGCUCCAGUUGUCAGCAUCACGUGUGUCACUGCUCUGGCAGGAUAUUCAUUUGUCAGGAGAGCAAGGUGAUCCAGAUUCCUCGGGACAUUCCCAAGAACUCCACUGAACUGAGAUUUGUCCUUACCAAGAUGAGAGUCAUUCCGAAAGGAGCUUUCACAGGACUUGGUGACCUAGAGAAAAUAGAGAUCUCACAGAAUGAUGCAUUGGAGGUCAUAGAAGCAAAUGUGUUUUCCAGCCUUCCCAAACUACAUGAAAUAAGAAUUGAGAAGGCCAACAACCUCGUAUACAUUGAUCAAGAUGCUUUCCAAGACCUUCCAAACCUCAGAUAUUUGUUAAUAUCAAACACUGGCCUUAGGUUUUUACCUGCUCUCCGUAAGGUUCAGUCUUUCCAGAAAGUUUUGCUAGACAUUCAAGACAAUAUCAAUAUACGUACAAUUGAAAGUAAUUCGUUCAUGGGCCUGAGUUCUGAAAGUGUGAUUAUAUGGCUAAAUAAAAAUGGAAUUCGAGAAAUUGAGAAUCAUGCAUUUAAUGGAACCUACCUGGAUGAGCUAAAUCUUAGUGACAACCACAACUUAGAAAAAUUACCGAAUGAAGUCUUUCACGGAGCCAAUGGUCCAGUUGUUUUGGAUAUUUCAAGGACAAGAAUCAGUUUCCUGCCAAGUCAUGGAUUAGAACUCAUUAAGAAGCUAAGAGCAAGGUCUACAUACAAUUUAAAAAAACUUCCUGAUUUAAGCAAAUUCAGUUCUUUGAUUGAGGCAAACUUCACCUAUCCUAGCCAUUGCUGUGCAUUUACAAACUGGAAAAGACAAAAUUCUUCCUUUGCUGGAUGUCCUCAAAGACUUGGAAUUUGCCGUGACAGAAAAAAAAGAAACACAGAUCAUGGUUAUAAUUCAAGACACUGUCUUCAGAAGUUGCUUAAAGCUUCAAAGAAAGGCCUCAUUGAAUAUACUGUUCCUGAGAGGUGAACUCUAGAAUACCCCCAAAGCCCGUUCUGAUCCCUGCUUCAGAUGAUUGACUUCUGUUCUUGGAAGGAGGUAUUUGGUGCUGCUGCUUCUCUUCUAAGAGGCUCUUUGCGUUUUAAGAUGUAAGCACAUAUUAGUAUGUCAUUUAUAUCAUUAAUAUAAAUUAUCUCAAAAAUUUGCUUUAAAUGAGUGAAAGAACCUUCAAACUGCAGAAAAAAAUUACUUAAGAUCUAGUUUUAGUGGAGUCAAUAAAGCUGUUUUGAUUUUUAGAGAUUUUUGAAACAUUUUUUUCAUAAAAGGAACCAUGUUUAGAACUAAAUUUAAAAUAUUGACAAGUUUAUAUUAAUUGUUGUGCUAAAAAGAUGAAAAGACUUUUGAAAGAGUAGCUGCUAUGCAGGUACAAAGACUUUUUUUUUCAUUUCAGUUUAUUCUACUAAUUAAAUUAAAUUCCAGUUAAUUGUAGCUGUCAAAACAAGAAGGCUUUUGUUUAUUAGAAAGUCGGUGUAAAAGAGGAGAGACACUCAUUCUAAAAUCUAGAAGGACAAGGUAGCCAUAAACGAUCUGUUCAUAUCUCUCUGGCUAUUAUUAUGAAUUUCUCUGUUCAAUAAAUGCAUUUAAAUAAACUGUUUUCUGUGUACAGCACAUUCAAAGUAGUUUUGUUUCACUGUUAAAACAAUUGAAUGCUGGUUUGGUACAUUUUAACUUUAUUUAAAUUUUCAUGCAACUAAACUAUGACAUGAAUCAUUAGGAAAAUAGUAAUCAUUGUCUUGUAAAAGAAAUGCAUCACAACUGGGUUAAAAGCACAAAAAUUAAGACUUCAUUUAGACCAGUGUAUGCUCUCAUACACGAUUACUUGAAUAAAUGUGCACAUAUAGAGUGUAUCAUCUUCCUGAUCAACAGAACAACAUUGAAUGUAUUUAUAUCUUCUAUGGCUACCAACCCUAUCUUUUAAAAAAUACUAAGCAUAAAUGCAAAAUGAUUGAAACAAAUGAUUUAGAAUAACCCUUCCUGUUAACCAGUUUAAAUCAAAAUUAAAAUUGGUCAUUUCAUUAAUACAGUCGUGUCUUGUACUGAAAUUAGUGGGAAACUGAUAUCCUCUACCUAGUUUAAAGAUAUAGAAUGGAUGUAUUUUAGUUUGGGGGAAUGGUGAAGUGCCCUGCAUUUGAACAUCAAAGGCAUUAACAUACAUUUUGACAGAGAUUAGUCGUACAUACAGUAGCUACACCUGCUUUCAUUUCAGAACAGUUUUGUUGACAGCUGACACAAGCUGUGUGUGCAUUCAAGACUGCCAGGUUUUUUGAGAGUUAUGAAUAGUUUGCAGUACUUGAUCACAGAGUUUUGAUGGUUUCUUUGGCAAGAGCUGUGUUGGUUUAGUGCAGCAGAUACUACUUAUUGUCAUGAGAACUGAUGUGACUUGACUUACCCUGCAUCUUCACAUCUUCACCCAUUCACUCUCCUGUAGCAGUUUAGAUCUCAAAAUAUUUCCAGAUAAUCCAGGGAGGAUAAAAAGGAUAUCUAAUAACCCCCAGAAGUGCUUUUCUAAGCAUCGCUGGGGCAUUUGUCAUUCACGUGGGAACUCUAAGAAGGAAUUAAGACAGAUGUCUAAGGCCUCUUUUUGACUGACCCAUUUACAUGAAAUUUCCCCUUUUUGAGGCUUUUGCAACACUUAAGAGUAAUGUGUCACCUCUCCCAUUACCUGGUUAAAAACCAUAUGCACCAGUGAACUGGCUCUGUUGUGAUAAUGGGAAGUUUAAAUAUGUUAUAGCCACAGUGUUUUCUACAUUUUGGAGGAUGUCACAUCAACCACAGACCAGCUGCAAGACUGACACACAAGACACAAAACAGCAUAGUCAAUUUUGCUGCUGCUUUUUCCACUCCAAGAAGAAUUAUAUGAUAAGUAUUGAUCUGUAGAUUCAGUACACUAGAAUAUUUUGAUGCUGAGCCAAUGGAAGGUAAACUGAUUUUUAUGAAAACUUUCAAAAAACAAAUACAGUGCACUAUGUUGAGCUCCUCUCACAUCUCUCUGUGAUUGGAAAUAAUAUCCUGCUCGGAUAGCGCCGAGGCUGGACAUUAAAACCCUCGACUUCGCAUAGACCAUUAUGAACUUCAGCAAGCUUUUGGCUUUCUCUGACAUAAAGAUCACCUUCUGCCAGAAAGAACUACAGUGAUAUGAAUCUAUUGUUACACUUUAUCAUUGUUCUUUGGAAGACCUGUCACUUGCAAACCUAUUUUUAGAAAGCAUGGCAGCAUCAGGAGACAUAUUUGGGCUUCAUUUCGUGAGAAUAUAAUAUCACUUGCUCACAACUCACUCGAUGUCACUUUUCAGUAAGCAUAAUUGAUUUGCGAUAGGACCUAAUAUGGAAUCUAGAUCUGGACUAUUUAUUCUGCGGAGUGUAUUUCUCAGCACAAAAGAUCUCGCUUUCACCAGAUCCAGACAGAGUGCGUGAAAUGACUACUUGUACAAAGGUUGUUAUUUUUGUCUAUUUUUGUCGGAGCACUCUGCCAAUUUUAAUGCUAUUCUUUAAGUUGUCCUUUCUCUAGUUUAUUUUUCAGACAGUUCACUUUAGCAGAGCAAACGAGGGUUACAAAUAACAUGCAUAAGUGAACCAUGUUAAAAUGCAUAUGGUCUCAAAAGGGCGCAAGGACCCAUCCUUUGCCAAAAAUGUAUUAAAUUAUUACUCUCAGUUCACUGUACAGCACAGAGGGCAAACAUCCCAGGGCAAGAAAGGCAUAAGUGCUAGUCACAAGCAGUCUGUACUAGAGGAAAGCUUUUCUUUCCCUUAGUAGUUUUGAAACUCUGCCCAUCUUAACUGCUCAUGGUGCAAAUAACCAGCAGGAAGACUCCUUGGCACCAAUCCCCAGAACAAACAGAGCAUCUAACCUUGUGGGACUCUGAUUUUACUUGUGACCUCUGGGUGUUAAAUAAUAACAAGAAUUAGUAAGUAAUAAUAAGCAGAAAUAUUAUACUGGCCCUAAACAGCUGCCUUAUCUGUGGGAUAGAUGUAGCUCUAAGCAGUGUCUCCAUAAUUUGGGAAAAGGUUUAUUUUUCAUUCAUGGCUGAAAAAUGUUUGAUUGAAAACAUUUCCUUGGGUUUGUUUACUAAAAAACAGCAAUUGCAAUAGCUCCCAGGGCCCAUGAGUGCCUGUUGCACUCAGACUUGAGGGGCUUGCUCCCCUAUCAUUGCCCCUUCCAAGCAUGCAUUCCCUUUCAGCUGCAAAUUGUUGCUCUGUUUAUCAGCCAUCCUGUCACUCAUCCGUGUGCUAGCAGAGCACAGAGGAGCAAAUGCAAUGUCUUGCUAAUGGUAUUGUGACUUCCAUGGUGCAUAUUUGACCUCACAAAAAGUCAGCUUUCUACCUCAGCUGAUAAGCAAGAUAAAAAAUACUGGUAAUAGUAGAGGAUGCUCAGGACCUCACAGGAGGUGAGGAAGUGUGCCUCACUUGCUGGUGCUGGAGCUUCAUUAGUUUUUCUUUCUUACAAACAAAUGCUUUAAACUUAUGGUUUGGGGGGGGGUCCUGGAAGAUGUAGUGAGUGCAGAGUGAAAGGAUAAAAAUAGGUUACAAAAAAGAAUUCUCACUUGCCUAACUUGCUCAGAAAGCUGUUCCCUCAUGUGUACUGCAAGUCAGGGUGAGAUAUAUGCUGAGAUCCUGUCCUGGAAAAUAUACAGCUAAAUUGCUAUCAUCUAAGCUGUUGACAAAAGUAGGCAGAGCUGAACUGUGUUGGUUUUACAACACAUUGUCAGCUGCUUUAUUUGCUAACACUCCUUGGUAUCUGUUACCUUCAUGGAGCUGAUCAUCUCUUUAUCUCAGCCAAAACACUUGUUUCUUCAAUUGGUCUAGUCAGGAAGGAGAAGGGUGGGGGAGUUAAUCCUCUAGGAAAUAAAGAUGAAUACAAUCAAAAAAAGGAAAGUUUUUACCUUCCACAGAUUUUUUUUUCUUGAAACUCUUUUUUGAAGUGAGCUCUUUUCCUUUGUUUACUUUUUCUACUGAAAAUUCCAAGACUGUUUAAAAAAGACCUACUGAGAAAAACAAAAGCAGCUACUAUUUCUACAGAAACGCUCGGCUGGGUCAGGUUGGUUUCUAAGUCAUUUUCCUUGAAAGUUUUUAAGCAAAAUGUUCUACCAGGUCUUGUGUUUUUAUUUGUUAUAUCUGGCUUCCAGAGAUUAUCUGGAAGCCCUGAAUGAACUCAUUUAUGCUAUUUAUGCUAUGUUGUGUUAAUGGACAGUGGCCAAUGUGAUAUCAGAUACUGAAAAUAAAUGGCACAAACUGGAGUUGCUCUCUGCCCUGACAGAGCUACAAGAUUAAAUAUGACACACUGACUGCCAAGAACUUUAGAGAAAAAAGAAUUCCAGAGUAACACUAAUAGAUAGUAGGAAGAUUAUGAUUAUACAGACUCUUUAUAGGCACAGUUGAAUUGAAUCAUACUUCCAAGUUCAGUCUUAUAUAGUGAUUCAUCAUCAUGUUGCCCCCAUGCAGAAUCAGAUUAUCAAUAACAGAUUAUGUGAGAAGUCCAGUUGAAAUAAGGGAGGCUUCUUACAGACUGCGUCUGUCCAGGUGGAUAAUUGCAUCGUGAUUGUUAGUACAGCAAACAUCAAGCUUUCCUUUCCCUUACAUUUUACUAUGCUUUCAAUUUAUUUACAUUUUCAUGUAAUACCUUAUAAGUAGGGACCAGUCAGCCUAUUAAUUUCAAGCUCCGGGGUAGUCUCUUUAAUCAGCUAACCAGAAAGACAGAGCUGUUAAUGGAAACUGCAUGAUUUCUCAUUUGUUGUGUGCCUCUUGCUGUGUCUCUUACUUUCCAACUCUACUCUUUUUACAAUUUCAGCACUGAAUUACAUCCAAUAUGUAGUAUAUCUCAGGCCAAGCAAGACCUUGAUGAACAGCAUGGU